AUGAUGGUCCUGAUGCAGCGUGUGCCUGCAAUUGGAAAUGGUAGAUUUUUGGCAAGCAAUGGGUGCUGCUGGGUGCACCACUCAUUUGAAGUAUCUGCUGGCCUUCCCGCAGGUCUCCAUGCUUCAGAAGAAACUGAGGAGUGGGAGAUCGUCUUCCCUGUGCUGUGGAGCCCGGGCCAGCAGGAGCCAGCAGGUGGCAGUGGUGGUGGGGGGGGCUGCAAUGCCGACCCCAGCAGUGGGAACAGAAGCAGCACCUUCAGCACCCAUGCCACACCUGGCCCGGUGGCGGGCAGUUCCCGAGAGGUGCGUUCAGUCUCCUCUUCGGUGGACGGGCAGGCACAGGCUGUGGGGGAGGCAGCAGAGGAAGAGGACACCGAGGAUGAGUAUGAGUCUCAGGAGUUUUACCACUGGUCCACCCUGCCCCAGGGGUCUGGUGCUGCCUCUCAAUUGCCAUCGCCACCAUCUCCACCACCACCACCUCCAGCAGAGGAUGGAGAUGAGGUGCUGUUGAGGAUCCCAGCUUUUGCUCGGGAACUCUACCUGCUGCUCAAGAGAGAUAGCCGCUUCCUGGCUCCUGGUGUGGAGGAGCGGCUCGGGGGUGAGGGCAAAAGUCCACCCAGUGCUGCGCAGUCACAACCUGAGAGAGCUUGUUACUACAGCGGUGCUGUCCUCCGCUACCCGGGCUCCUUCGCCUCCUUCAGCACCUGUGGCGGAUUGAUGGGGUUUAUACAGAUUAAUGAGGACUUCAUAUUUAUUGAGCCACUCAAUCGCACUUUGGCUGUGACAGGUCAUGCACACAGGGUGUACAGACGAAAAAGGUCCGUUGAGGAGAAAAUUACUGAAAAAGCAACUUCUCAGAAUCAGUACUGUGGUGUUGUUACAGAUAAAAGAAAAUCCAAGAAUCAAAAAGUAUCAGAAAGCGGAAGAGGAAAGCGAUACUCCUACAAGUUACCUCAGGAGUACAACAUAGAAACUGUUGUGGUGGCAGAUCCAGCUAUGGUUUUGUAUCAUGGAACAGAUGCUGCCAGAAGAUUUAUUCUAACCAUCUUAAACAUGGUUUUUAACCUUUUCCAGCACAAGAGUCUUGGACUACAAGUAAAUCUUCGUGUGACUAAGCUUGUCCUCCUUCACAAGACUCCCGCAGAUAUGUAUAUUGGACAUCAUGGGGAAAAAAUGCUGGAAAGCUUUUGUAAAUGGCAACAUGAAGAAUUUGGCAAGAAGAAUGAUAUACACUUAGAAAUGUCAACAAGCUGGGGAGAAGACAUGUCUUCAGUUGAUGCAGCCAUACUGAUCACAAGGUAG